CUUUUUUGCGGUGGUAUCAUUCUCCAUAAAUACAAGAAAUUGAGCAUCUGCGAAUGCUAAAAAAGAAGCAAUUUGAAUAUGUUAAGCAACCCUAUCUGUCACUAGUUUUUUUUGUCUUACUAUGGUUAUGUUUUUCUUAUUUACAGUCUGCUUCAGCUUUAGCAUCUGCAGCAGUUUCCAGAAGUUUUCAGGAAACUCUACUUCAGGCUCCUUUAUGGUCGAGGACAAGUAGUUCACAAUCUUCUUUGGCAAAGGAUAGUUCAACUUCUGAUGCGAAAACUGGCUAAGGAAAUAUUUGACUAUUUCAGGUUCAAGAGCCAUGAUAUGCUUGCCCCUUUCACUGCUGGGUGGCAGACUAAUGAGUUGAAUCCUUUGAUUAUUGAAAAGUCUGAGGGAAGUUAUGUAUAUGACAUAAAUGAGAAGAAAUAUCUUGACCCACUUGCUGGUCUAUGGUCCACCGCUCUAGGUGGAAGUGAGCAAGGCCUUGUUGAUGCUGCCACUGCACAAUUAAAGAAGUUGCCAUCGAUACAAACACAUCGACACUGCUACACACAUAUUAAUUUAAUUUAUAAUAAUUAAAUAAAAUAUUAAUACUAUUAUUUAUAAAAGAUCUAAAGUCAGAAUCACUUUGUUAAUAACUAGACUCUUUAGUUUGUGAUUGAAUCACUUUGAUUUUUUUUUAGUUGAAAAUAUGUUGAUCAUGUGUAAUAAUGCUUUGAAGCGGAAGUUCAAUUCUAAGAUUGGAACUGACUUUUUCAAUUAUCGAUUUUAUUAGAACUUCAAUAUAUAUUUGUGUUUGACUUAAGAUUGUUGUCUUUGAAUUGGAGGCUCAAUUUUAAUUUGAAUGUGCGUGCCUAUGUUUGUGAUAACUCAAAUUAGAACCGGUAAAUAAGAACAAUGUCUUGCAAUCGUAAUUUGGAGAGACAUGGUCUUUGUUGUUGACUGCAGAUCUUGACUUAAAAGUUUUGUUUUAUGUUUUUAUAUAACUUUUUGUUGUCGUUGUACUUGUUUUUUAGAAGUUAUAUAAAUGGUGGUUUUAGUAGCCCUUAGUGUUGAGUUUGAUUAGUUGUCUUCCUGUUUUAUUUCAGAUGAUAGUUGACAGGGAUGUCAGUGACGGCACUUAAGGAUCUCAAUAUUAUUCCUGCAAUUGAGAGGAAGAGUGAGGGCUCUGAUAAGGUGUGUUUGACCAAGCUUCGUGUUAACGGUGUUAAUUAAGAUAUUAAAGAAUGUCAAAAGAGGAAAAAUAGUUCCUCUUUGGUUUCCCAACAUGUUAAUGGAAAUUAGGUUGUGCCUGCUUAUUCUAUUGUAGAGAUUGGAACUAUAGAAAUAGAAUACUUGAAUUUCAAAAUUAUGAUAUUUGCCGACAUUUGUGAUAUGAACUCAUUAGGAUUUUUUUUAUUGAACAAAAACUCUUUAGGAGUUUGCAUUUGUGAGAGUGUAUAUAAGACAAUUUUCUUGUUUUUCAUUGAA